UAUUUUUGCACAGUCACCGACAGACUCGGGACCUGCUGACAAAUCACAGGGUACUGUCCUCCAGGCCUGUAAACAAGAGUCUGAAUUCAGCCCAAUGAACAGAGAGACUGCAAAGAGAUUAAUUAAACGCUACUUUCGACAGUUAACUGAAGGCUGUGGAAAUAGCAAUUGCACAAAUGAGUUUUGUGCAUCACAUUGUGAUUUUCAACCUCUGGAUAACAACUCGGCAGCUGCCAAAGCACUCGAUCUGUUUAAGGUGAAUGCCAAACUCUGUGAUUACUACCCUGCUGUCAAGUCCAGCACUGACGAAAGCUCCGAGAUGGGCAGUAAGAUGAGCGCCGAUGAAUUCUCAGAUGUCCAUUACCUUACAGAGCACUGUGUGUGUAGCAUCCUGAGUUUUUGUGAGAAGGAAGGGGAUUAUUCUGCUCUCGUACGAGUCAUCGGCAGAAUAUUCUCCAACGCAGAUGCUCUCAUGAAAAGUUUCAGGAAGAAUGAGCUAGGUGCCGCCAGAACGCUCAAUUCAAAAGACGAGGAGAAAAGUGAGACCUCAGAGAAUAAGGUUGCCUCCUCUGAAGCUGCUUUGCCAGGUGAGACUCCAAAUGGAAUGCUGGACCCUUGUGACGUGACGGUAGACAUUGAUGCGGUUCGGCGAGUCUACGACAAACUUCUGUCCAUCGACCAGAUGGAGUCAGCUCUUGUGAAUGGACUCAUUUACCUCACUCCAAAUGUUGAACUGGAUCUGGAGUAUCUUGAUGUGUAUGAAACCAAUCCGGAUUACUUAAAUAUCUUCAUUAUUGUGAUGGAGAACAGUAAUCUGCACAGCCCAGAGUAUCUUGAAGUGGCAUUACCCCUGUUCUGCAAGGCAAUGAGCAAGCUGCCGUUGACCGCUCUCGCCCGGCUAUCAAAGCUCUGGUCGACGUACGACCUCCCAAACAUCCGGCGUAUGAUGGAAACCUUCCAGCAGCUCAUUACUUUCACUGUUGUUAGCAAUGAAUAUAACGCUGAAAAUCUGGUGAACGAUGAUGAGACCGUAGUGACCGCCACUCAGUGCUUGAAGAUUGUCUUCUAUGCAAGCAUCCUGGGAGGGGAAGUGGACGUUGAACACAGUGAGGAAGACGAGGAAGAUGCUGAGUCCGAUGAGCUGACGCUGCACGAACUGCUAGGUGAAGAGCGGCUGUAUAAGAAGGGCCCACUGGUCGACCCGUUAGAGAAAGAGUUGGGUGUACGCUCCAUAGAUAGUAUACAACCCCUCAUCCCGUUUGAGGAUUUUAUCAACGAAUCGUUGAACGAUGUGAUCGAAAUGGACAAAGAUUUCACUUUCUUUAAAGUCAACGCAGAAACAAAGUUUUCUUUCCAGAGCUGUCCCUUCAUCCUCAACGUCAUAACCAAGAAUCAAGGGCUGUACUAUGACAACAGAAUUAGGAUGUACAGCGAGCGGCGCCUCACAGCUCUCUACAGCAUGGUCCAGGGCCAGCAGCCCAACCCCUACCUGAAGCUCAAAGUAAGAAGAGACCACAUCAUCGAUGACGCCCUCAUCAGACUGGAAAUGAUCUCCAUGGAGAACCCGUCUGACCUGAAAAAGCAGCUGUUUGUUGAGUUUGAGGGAGAGCAGGGUGUAGACGAAGGAGGAGUUUCUAAGGAGUUCUUUCAGUUGGUACUGGAGGAGAUCUUUAAUCCAGACAUAGGAAUGUUCACCUAUGAUGCCACCACAAAACUGUUCUGGUUUAAUUCCUCCUCGCUGGAGAAUGAGGCGCAGUACACACUUAUUGGAAUUGUCCUGGGGCUCGCCAUUUAUAACAACUGCAUCCUGGACGUUCACUUCCCUAUGGUUGUCUACAGGAAGCUCAUGGGGAAAAAAGGAACCUUCUUGGACCUGUCAGACUCCCAUCCAAUUUUGUAUCAAAGUCUGAAGGGGUUACUUGAGUAUACCAGCGAUGUUGAAAAGGACAUGAUGCUCACCUUCCAAAUAUCUCACACAGAUCUUUUUGGAAACCCAAUGUUGUAUGAUUUGAAGGAGGAAGGAGACCAGAUCCCUGUUAACAAGGAGAACAGACAGGAGUUUGUGGAUCUGUAUGUGGAGUACAUCCUGAACACGAGUGUGGAAAGACAAUUCAAAGCCUUUAAGAAAGGAUUCCUGAUGGUCACAAAUGAGUCGCCGCUGAAAUAUUUGUUCAGACCAGAGGAAGUGGAGCUGCUCAUCUGUGGAAGCAGGAAACUUGACUUUGAAGCACUCCAAAAGACAACAGACUAUGAUGGAGGUUAUAACAAAGAUAGUCAAAUUAUCAAGGAUUUCUGGGAAAUCGUUCACUCCUUUGGAGAAGAACAGAAAAGGCUGUUUCUUCAGUUCACUACUGGUACAGACAGAGCACCAGUUGGUGGUCUUGGCAAAUUAAAGAUGAUCAUCGCCAAGAACGGCUCUGACACAGACAGGCUUCCAACCUGUCAUACCUGCUUUAAUGCAUUGCUGCUCCCCGAAUACUCUUCUAAAGAAAAACUGAGGGAGAGACUCCUUAAGGCCAUCACAUAUGCCAAAGGUUUUGGGAUGCUGUGACAAAUCCACUAAGGCAGUUUUCUGUCUUUAUUGGUGAUAAACUGGGAUUAAGAAACAACACAAAAAGAUGUGAUAAAACAAAAUGCUGUAAUAACCCUGUGCCUAACCAGAUGCUGCAGAUUAUUUAAGUCCACUCUUUGCCUUUCAUACUGAGCCUUUCUCAAUUUGUCACUUUCAUAGAUACUAAAUAUCCCAAUAAGAGUUUAGAACA